AUGGUUGUUAAGGGCCGCCGAAAGGUCAGAGUUGUAAUGACUGCACCAAGCCCUUCUACCGCAGCUGUAGAUUCUGCAAAUGAGCUGCUAGACGUCAUGGAUAGCAAUGUGAAAAACGCAUCUACUUCCUCUAUAGGAAGUGAGAUCUUAUCUGCUUCAGGACGUAAGCGCUCAUCGGACUUAGCUCCUGCACCUGCAGCUGGUGCGGAGAAGGCGAGCUCCACAAGUGAGGCAGGUCGGAAGCCCUCUACAGCGCCCAUGGAAAACUCUUAUUUUACCACCUCAAUGGCGCACGGCAACUUCGAUGCUGUACGAAAGGAAAUGGAAACUCAGGAAAAGAUAAUUGCCACUCUACAGCGGGACAACGAAUCACUCCUGAGAGAGAAGAAGGAGAUUCUCAGUCGAUGCAAGCAGCUGGAGCAUGAUUUCGAACACCUAGAGGCAAAGCACAGCUUGCUUCUCAGUGCACAACAGGACUUUGCGGCACGAUCAAACAUGCAUACAGCAAAUGACUCUGCCAAGAUCGUGAAUCUCCAAGCACAAAUCGAAGAGCUUCAUACCAAUUUGGAGACGGAAAAAAGGCGGUGUGCUCUACUGCUACAAGAGAGGAACGACCUGACUCGGUCUAAGAGCGAUACUCCUAGUCUUCUCGGAAGCGCAGAAAUUACUAAUGUGGCUGUAGUGAGGGAGCAGCAAAGCAGGAGCGAAGAUGCGGAGGCGAAGUUGCGUGAAUCUCAACGUAUUCACAGCAUUCAGAAAAGCACCAUCGAUGCGUUGCACUCAGAGGUUACCCGCUUAGAGUCUGAGAGGAAGGUCUUGCAUAGCCGAGAGAACAACUUGCUGCGCGAAGUGGACAGCCUGCGAACGCAAGUGCGGGAUUUGGAAUCGACUCUGCAGCAGAAGAAAGGGAGCAUCAGGGAGCUUAUCAGCAGCUGCCAGGCGGGCAGUGCCAACGCACAGCGCCUCAGGAAGCAAGAGAGUCGAAUUCGUCUGUUAGAGAAAGCCUUGCUGGAAAAGGACGAAUUCACUAAGAGAGCAAUGGAAGAGCUCCGCACGGAAACGAAGAAAGUGUGUGAGGGCUAUCAAAGUACAAUUGCUGAGUUGCGGCAGCGUUUGGAGGUCCCCAAGGAUGAUCCCGAGCUGCGAAGACGUAUUAGCACUCUCGAAAGAGAGAACCUUGACCUUCGUCGUGCACUUGGAGGUGCCUCGGUUUCUUUAGCCGUAGAAAGUGGUCAACCGCUGCAGAAGGUAGCCGCUGAGCCCAAACAUCAGACGGACGUGACUGACAAGACCGACAAGCCCGGCGGGCAGGGUCUUAAGGCGCCUGGGUCUCACGAUCUUGAAGUUACACACCUUCAAUCCAUCAUUGAGCAACUCCGCGCAGAAAUAUGCGAGCACAAGCAACGGAACAUUAUGCUUCAGAGCAAACUCGACAGCAUCCACGCUGAAUGGGACGCUAGGGUUGCCGAGAUGAAAACCAAUUUCACUCUUCAAAUACAGACCCUGCGCUCUGCCCAUAAUGCGGAGUUGAGUCGCCUUGAGGCCACUCAUCAAUCUCAGCUGCUAGAGAUUUCGAAGUGCUCAAAGGCCGAUAGAGGAGACAGCUUGGGUUCCAGACUCUCUCGAAUUGUCGAAGAAAAAGGAUAUGAUGCCUCUCUGAUUGCCAUCGGGGAGAGGCUCUGCUUUUUGGAGAAGCGGUAUUGUCAAAAGGAGGAAGAAAAGACGCACGAGCUUCUGGAAAUGAAGCGCGUAGCCGAACUGGAGAGGAAGGUUCAAAAGGAGAAGACCGAUUUACUGCUCGAGCAGAAAAACACACAAAUCAAGCGUUUUCAGGUCCAGCUGGACGAGCUGCUGGCAGCUCUCUCCAUUCUGCAGGCCACAUCGUGA